UCAUCCAGUUUUCUUCGGGUUACAGAAAAACAGAGUUUCUGAAAAUGAGAUCGCCAUUGUUGACGCCUCUUCUGAUCUCUUUCUUUUUCCUGUUCUUUUCUUUCUCUCUUGCUCUCGUGCCUGCUAACGAGACCUUCAAGUUCGUCAAUGAAGGCGAGUUCGGUGAUUUCGCCGUCGAGUACGGCGGCACCUACAGAGUUCUCAGCAUCUUCAGAUUUCCAUUUCAGUUAGCUUUCUACAACACGACGCCGAACGCUUACACGCUCGCUCUUCGAAUUUCGAUUCGUCGCUCCGAAUCGGCGAUACGGUGGGUUUGGGAGGCCAAUCGCGGCCGUCCUGUGCGCGAAAAUGCUACAUUCUCUCUCUCCGCCAACGGAAACCUAGUUCUCGCUGAAGCCGACGGUACUGUUGUAUGGCAAUCGAACACAGCCAACAAAGGCGUUGUUGGAUUCGAAUUGCUUCCGAGUGGCAACAUGGUGUUGUUCGACUCCAAUGGCAAAUUCCUCUGGCAGAGCUUCGAUUCGCCGACGGACACACUCCUAGUCGGCCAAUCGCUCCGUCUCGGCGGGCCAAUGAAGCUAGUAAGCCGUGCAUCGGAGGAAAUGAACGUUAAUGGACCUUACAGCCUUGUAAUGGAACGAAAAGUCCUAUCUCUGUACUACAAAAGCCCUAACUCUCCAAAACCGAUGCGGUACUACUCAUCCACAGAUAUGCUCUCAGUCCGGAAAGGCGUUCUCGCAAAUAUCACACUAAACGCCGCCGUAGAUCCAGAUCAAGGAUUCGCCACCGAAUUAACACUGAACUACGAAGUCACCGGCUCGACUGAGAGCGGCGGUCCAAUUCUAACCCGGCCGAAGUACAACAGCACACUAACAUUCCUCCGAUUAGGAAUCGACGGCAACCUCCGCCUGAUCACAUACAACGACAAAGUCGAUUGGGGCCCGUCGGAGAUUUCGUUCACACUCUUCGAUAGGGAUUCAACUUGGGAGAACGAAUGCCAAUGGCCAGAGCGGUGCGGACAGUUCGGGUUGUGCGAGGACAACCAGUGCGUAGCCUGUCCAACAGAGAACGGACUGGCGGGAUGGAGCAAGAGCUGCGCGCCAAAGAAGGUAAGUUCCUGCGAUCCCAAAAGCUUCCAUUACUAUAAACUAGUCGGUGUGGAUCAUUUCUUGACAAAGUACAACAAAGGGGAAGGGCCAAUGGGACAGAAGGAGUGUGAGAAGAAGUGCAAUUUGGAUUGCAAAUGUUUGGGAUAUUUUUACCAAACCAAAGGGUCGCUUUGUUGGGUUGCAAAUGAGCUUAAAACUCUGAUAAAAGUGGCCAAUUCCACUCAUUUGGGCUUCAUCAAAACACCCAAUAAGUAGACAAAUGAUGAACAAAAUUAGGGUUCUAAGCUUUUUUAAGCUUCUAUUGCUAUGUAAUUUCUGAACAUUUGUGUGUUUUAAAUGAUUCAUGUUCAUGUUCACAUGUUCAUGUUUACGUGUGUAUUUUUCUUUUCUCAAGUGUAAUUUUGUAAUAAGAUCGGGCAACUUCAUCCUUUAUUAGGAUGAUAAAUUAGUA